ACCAACUAAAAUUCAAUAAAGGCAGAUAGAUUGCUUGCCUCCUCUUUUGCCCUCCAAGGAGGAGGAGGAACUGGAGGUCUAAAUCUAUCUGGAACCUGACCCCUUGCAUUCAAUAGCCUAGCAUUAUUUAUAACUAUACAUACAUUUAUCAAUUUGACAACAAGAUGCCUGUGUCCAAGCCUUCUUCGUCGAAACCGGCCCCCAUCGACUCUGACUCGGACGACGAUCUCGUCCCCAAGAGACCGGCAACCAAAUACACUGCCCCCGCGGGCGCCAAGAAACAGCAGUACAAGGAUGGGUUCCGCGACGCCGGCGGGCUCGAGAACCAGUCGGUGCAGGAGCUGGAGAACUACGCGGCGUACAAGGCCGAGGAGACCACCGACACGCUCAACGGCUGCCUGCGCAUCGCCGAGAACAUCAGGGAGGACGCCAGCAACACGCUCAUCACGCUGAACAAGCAGGGCGAGCAGAUCAGCAGGACGCACGACAAGGCCGUUGAAAUCGAUCAGGACCUCGCAAAGGGCGAGUCGCUUCUGAACAGCCUUGGAGGGUUCUUCUCCAAGCCAUGGAAACCCAAGAAAACGAGGCAGAUCAAGGGGCCAGCUCAAGUGUCACGAGACGAUUCCUUCAAAAAGAAGGCGAACCGCAUGGAGCAGAGGGAUAAGUUAGGACUGAGCCCUCGGGGGAAGGGGAAUAGCCGCACCUACGACGACCCCACCAACGCCAUGGACAAAGUCCAGGUGGAGAAACAAAAGCAGGACGAUGCCCUGGACGAUCUCAGCGGCGUGCUGGGGCAGCUCAAGGGCAUGGCUGUUGACAUGGGAUCGGAGCUUGACAGGCAAAACCAAGCACUGGAUAAUCUGCAGGACGACGUGGAGGAACUCAACUCCAGGAUGAAGGGAGCCAACCAGCGUGCGCGCAAGCUGGUCGCCAAGUAGACGCCCAACAUGAUUUGCUGCAAAAUAGAGUGAGAUUGUCGUGGAACCGACCUCACUCGCACAGCUUUUGGUUGUCAGUUUGCCGAGUCUGGCUUUGGUUGUAAGUUUGUAACAUGUAUCAGCUCGUCGUUAUACUGGGAGCUUUUUUGUCUCCAAGAUUAAUUGUUUCUUUCCGUGGUCAAAGUUGUACACUGUAUAAAUAGAUAUGGCAAGGGGAAGAAAUUACAUACUUGUGGACAGCGAAAAAACGUGAAUGAUCGAAAGCCUGUUUAGUGC